AUGGAUAAAAAACGUGUGUAUUUAAACAAUCCAUUUUGUGGGUAAAUUGUUUUAAUGUUCAUUUUUUUUUUUUACAGCUCCUGCAGAUUCUAAUUUGGAAUUAAAAAUAUUGACCGAAGACAGAAAGUUUACCAGUUUAGAAGGUCAUGUAUGUGAAAAUACAAUGAAAGGUAUUGCAGAUAUGGGAUUUACAGUGAUGACUGAAAUUCAAGCAAAAACUAUACCUCCAUUGUUAGAAGGACGUGAUUUAGUUGGAGCUGCAAAGACAGGGAGUGGAAAAACAUUGGCUUUUUUAAUUCCUGCUGUAGAAUUGAUUUACAAGUUAAAAUUUAUGCCUAGAAAUGGCACAGGGUGUAUCAUUAUUUCACCUACAAGAGAGCUCUCUAUGCAAACGUAUGGUGUAUUAAAAGAAUUGAUGAGACACCAUCAUCAUACAUAUGGCCUUUUAAUGGGAGGUGCUAACAGACAAACUGAAGCAACAAAAUUAUCUAAAGGUAAUUUAAUAUUUAACUGAAUUAGUUCUUGAAUAAUAAGAUUUUUUUUGAAAACUUAAGAAACAUAGUUUUGUUAAUUAUUUCUCAAUAAUUACAAUUAUUGUAAAGAACAAUACUUUGUUUAAUUCAAUUGCAUUAAUAUUGUACAUUAACAUAAUCACACCAUAUAAAAGUUAAUAAUGAAAUACAAAAUUAAAUGGUCCACCUACAGGGCUACCUUGCACACCCAAUGCAGAUCUUUAACAACUAAUGCCAUGGAAUAAGUAUAUAAAUGCACUACUGGGUCGGCUGGCAUAGAUACAAUAGGCUCAUCACUUUAGACAUAUUUUUAAUAGUUCUAAAAUGUUACUUUACCAUUCAUUUGUCACCCUUAUUGUUUGGGAUAAAACAAAUACUACUUUUGAUUUUCAAGAGGUAACCUAUAUUGAAAAUGCCUUAAACAGAUGGGGUAUUAAUUAAGAUAAAUUUUGGUAAUGAAAUUUUUGAUUUCCAUCAAUUCAUUGAUGAGAUAUUUCACUUUUAAGUUUGGAUCGGAGAAGAGUGGUGGUGGAUUAUUAAAAUGCCGUGCAAUUUGUUGUAACACAAAUGAUGCUCCACUACUCUCCCCUGAACUAGUUAAAAGUGAAAUAUCUCGUCAACAGAUUGACGCAAAUCAAAAAUUUCAUUUUUUUUUUACCAGUAAGUAGAUACAACUUACGAUAAACCUUGUUAUACAUUUUCAAUCAACAAAUGUUACCUGCAGAAAAACUAAAAAACCUAGUACACUUUAAGAAGACUAUUGAAUAUAUCUGCAUAUAUAUAUUUUUUAAUUUCUGAACUAUUGUUUUCUUGUGUACUUUUCCAUUAUAUAUGUAAUUAAACUUUACUGUAUCUAUAUUAAAGAACUUGGCCCAUAAAUGUAUUAAAAUAAAAUAAAAUACCCAUUUCAAAAACAAUCUAAGUAAUUUUACAAUUUUUAAAAUGGGAUGAUAUUAUUAGUUUUAAAUUUUUAGUGAAAAUUUCAAGAUUAUAAUAUUUUAAAACUGAAUUAAGUACACUGAAAAAUAACAGAAACUGUUAGUGCAUAAAUAUUACUUUUUGUUAAAAAUUAUUAAUAAAAUUAUAAUGAUUAAUAAAAAAUAACCUCUUAUUGCAUCUUUUAGGCAACAUUUGCUGCCAGAAUUACCCUUGAAGUUGAUGAUUAGUUCAAGAUUUCUGGUAGAAAACUUGUAAGACACUAAAUUUAAAAAAAAAAAUUCUUUAAUUGUCAACAAAAUAUUUACAUAUCUAUGUUAUGUCAAACUCUUAAGUUUUAUUUUGUUAUUGAUUACUGAAGUUCAAUUUGUAUGUAAACUAUAAGCGCAAUAAGACCGUGUCAAUACUGGGGGUGCUCUAAUAAAUUUGAACAUAUCAAGGACCCAUGGGGUCUAUGUCUUCACAAUCCUCUUUAAAUAACUUACAAUAGUUAACUACAUCUUAAAUUUACAAUUUUGUACAUGCAAAUCUAUCAUGAUUAUUUUAACAUUAUAUUUCAUUCACACAUGCAUCGUUAGUGGAAAACUUGUAUCUAGUUCUGCUCAUUAACUAUAUGAAAUACAUGGAUAAAAUAUUUUUUUGUUACUAUGAAAAACCUGAUUGGGUUUUUUGAGGGUGCUAAACACCCCCUAGCACCCCCCUAGUUGUACCUAUGAAUUGCAAACGGAUAUAAACCUUACCAUUUUAAUGGUAAUGUACCAGUUUAACAUUUCUAAUUUAAUUUAAAAAAUUUAAUGUGAAUUUUUUUUAAAUUUUCACUACAAAUUUAAAUUAAUGUCUUUUAAAAAAUGUUUUUUCUAACUUAAUACACAAGUGGUAUUAUUAUAACUUAAAGUUUGUUCUUUUAGGAAUCAACAUAAUUGUAGCUACUCCUGGCAGACUAUUAGAUCAUUUACAAAAUUCUCCUGAUUUUUUGUACAAAAACCUUCAGUGUCUUAUUAUUGACGAAGCUGAUCGUAUUUUGGAUAUUGGAUUUGAAGAAGAAAUAAAGCAAAUAAUCAAUUUAUUACCAAGUAUUACCAAGUUUUUUUUUAUUAAAAUCUUAAUAAAAGUUUAAUUUAAUUUUAAAUAUUUUUAGAACGGAGACAAACCAUGUUGUUUAGUGCUACAAAAACUCCUAAAACAGAUGCAUUAACUACAUUUGCUCUAAAGAAAGAACCUAUUUAUAUUGGAGUUGACGAUAGUAAAGACGAGGCUACAGUUGAAGGUUUAGAGCAAGGAUAUGUUGUUUGUCCAUCAGAAAAACGAUUCUUGUUAUUGUUUACAUUUUUAAAAAAAAAUAGAAAGAAGAAAGUUAUGGUAUUUUUUAACUCAUGUUUAGCAGUUAAAUAUUUCCAUGAAUUAUUAAAUUAUAUUGAUUUACCUGUUAUGUGCAUCCAUGUAAGAAAUUAUAUUUGAAUUAUAAUUUAUUUUGUGUGUCUAUUUAAUUAGUUACAUUUUUUAUACAGGGUAAGCAGAAACAAGAAAAGAGAACAACUACAUUUUUCCAGUUUUGUAACGCAGAAACUGGAACAUUGUUAUGUACUGAUGUUGCAGCUCGAGGAUUAGAUAUUCCAUUAGUUGAUUGGAUUGUUCAAUAUGACCCUCCUGAUGAUCCUAAAGUGUGUAUAUGUUACGGCUAAAGUGCAUAUUAUCUAUUCUAGUUGGUUGGAUAAAGUAAACACUUAAAAUUUAAAAUUAUAGUAUUGUAUAUUAGCUAUUGAUGGAUGGAUGAAGCAACUUGUUAGAAAACAAAUGUACAAAUCUAGUAUUGUAUUAUAUUUUCAAUGGUACUAAAUGUAAGAUAGUUACACUACAACACUAUCUCUCACUACUAGUUAUCUGAUUUAUCGUAAUCAUUUGAUAUUUAUUUCCUAAUAUUAAAUUUUACCUAUUUUAUAUUGAAAUUUAAUUGUAUUCAAAGUAAAACGAGGAUUUCUGCAAUAUAAUGUUUAUAAAUGACAAUGUGUUUUAAUAAAUUAAUUUUGAAAGAACUAGAAUUGAAUUUCUUUUUCACAAAAAAUAUAUUCUGAAAAACAUACAUUUUCUAACGAGUCUUCAUUUAUUCAUCUAUCAAUGGCUAAUGUACGAGACUGAUUUUAAAUUUUGAGUGCUUACUUUAUCCAACUAGUAUGGAUAAUGUACACUUUAGCUGUAACAUGUAUAUUAUUGAAUUUAGAUGGUAUUGAUAAUACAUUUUUUUUUUUUUUAAAGGAAUAUAUUCACCGUGUCGGACGUACAGCACGAGGAGAAGGCAGUAGUGGUCAUGCUCUAUUAAUUUUACGUCCUGAAGAACUAGGUUUCCUUCAAUAUUUAAAAAAAGCAAAAGUACCAUUAAAUGAAUUUGAGUUUUCUUGGGGUAAAAUAUCAGACAUCCAAUUACAACUUGAAAAACUUGUAGCUAAAAAUUAUUUCUUACACAUAUCGGCUAAAGAAGCUUUCAAAUCGUAUGUUCGUGCUUAUGAUUCGCAUCAUUUAAAACAAAUAUUUGAUGUUGGUACGUUAGAUAUUAAAAAAGUGGCAGCUUCAUUUGGAUUUACAACACCUCCUGCUGUAGAAUUGAAUGCAAAAGCUAUGCGUCCGCGAAAACGCCAUGGCGGUGGUGGUUUGGGGAAAUUUAAUAAUAUGAAUAAAAGUGAUAAAAAAGUUUACAAAUAUGUACAACCUCCAGAAAAAAAGAAAAAAAUGAAUAAAUGA